AUGUUCAUCUUUAUUAUUACACUGACUUUGGUGGUACUUCAGACUCCCACACAGUGCUCAGGGGCCAAUCUUAAAAUUGGCGUCCCUGAAAACUAUGAUGGUAUUUUCCCAUGGUACCUGGCUAAGCUCCCUAACCUCCCAGCUACCUCCACUGACGUGGUGGUGACAGGGGACGAUGAGGGGAUCUUUGGAGUUGAGGCAGGAUUUCUUUACGCCUUGAAGCCUCUGGACAGAGAGAAGCAGCCAUCUUACUCUCUGCAGGUGUCCUUCUCAGCAUCCGUGCCGUCUCAGAGCUUUAUGGUAGAAGUAUGCGUCAUUGACAAAAACGACAACGUGCCUGUGUUUAUCGAGGAGAGCAUGAGAGGCAGUGUGCAGCUGGGACUUCUGAAAGGGAUCUCAUUCAUGCAGGUGGGGGCAUCUGACCGUGAUGACCGUAACACAGCCCAUGCUGACCUGCGCUUCAGCCUGAUGGACCAGACCCCCAGGAUCCCCUCCAGUCACAUGUUCUUCAUAGACUCUGUGACCGGCGAGGUGUCUCUCACUGAGGACGGGGCUUCCACCCUGGACCCAGAGAUGUGUGGUCGCUACAAGCUGUCAGUGAUGGUGAAGGACAUGGGGGGGAAACCCAACGCUUUCUUCUCCACGGGCAUCGUGACAGUGGAGGUGACGGGGAACACCUGGGCGUCACCGGACCCUGUUCGCCUCCAGGAGAACCUCCCUGGUCCCUACCCCAUCCCCAUCUCACAGGUGAAGUGGAGUGGAGGUCUGGUAGAGUAUAGCCUGGAGGGGGAAUUCCCAGAGAUGCUGUUCACUGUCAGCAGAGAGGGAGUCAUCUCUCUCAACGCCCCACUAGACAGAGAGACUCAGGACCAGUUCCAGAUCAGCAUCGUGGUGGAGCGUCCGGACGGCAGGGAGAUCGCCAAGCCUGUGGAGCUGAGGGUGAUGGUGGGCGAUGCCAACGACAACAGGCCCACGUUCCCUACCACACAGUACCACACCGUGGUCAAGGAGCUCGCCCCACGGGGGACGGAAAUCCUCACAGUUCAAGCAGCCGACAACGAUGAUCCGAAAACAGAUAACGUGAGGAUCUUCUACCGGCUGGUUGGCCAGAUCCCAGAGAGCCCUCGUGCCUUGUUCCGGGUGGACCGUGACUCUGGGGUCAUCUCAGUGCAGGCAGACAACCUGGAGGGAGCCGCCCCACAGUACACACUGACCAUCACUGCUGAGGACGCUAAAGGCUUAAACAGCUCCUGUACUGUGGUUGUGACAGUGCAGGACGAGAACAACAACCCACCCAUCUUCACUCCACACGAGUACGGCCCCUUCCACCUGGCAGAGGAUGCUCCUUUGGGAGCCACGGUAACCGCGGUGUCAGCGUGGGAUGCUGAUGAGAGGGGAGGAGACAGCUGGCAGGUGAAUUACAGGCUGGAGUCUGGCAACGAGGAGGAGGUGUUCACGCUGGUCACAGACAAGCAGACCAAUGAAGUUUCACUCAUCCUCUCCAAGGUGCUGGACUUUGAGCGGGAGAGCGAGUACAUCCUGGUCCUUAGUGCUCAAAACCCAGUGGCCCUGGUACGAGGGAGGUAUGGCCCAGCGUCCACGGCAACCGUCUCCAUCUAUGUGGACGAUAUCAACGAGGGCCCCAUCCUGUCCCAGAGCCACUACGAGGUCACCGUCAGAGAGGGGGAGGAGCCAGGACGGGUUAUUGCCACUAUUCGUGGAUAUGACCCAGACUCACACCCAAUCAGAUACUCGCUCAGAGGGGACACAAAGAGGUAUUUCUCCAUUGGGAAGUACUCCGGUGAGCUGAAGACCGUCCAGGCCUUGGACAGAGAGGAAAACAGCACCUACACUAUGGAGGUCAUGGCUGAAGAUGGACGGAACUCUUCUCUGUCAGCUUCAACACUGGUCACAGUCCAUAUCCUGGAUGUGAAUGACAACAGUCCGGUGUUGGUGGGAGACUACUCCUGGAAGUACCUGUGUACCCCUCGCUGGGAGGACCAGGCCUUGGUGCUGGCAUCCCGCGACAGUGAUGGUCCCCAGCACGGCGGCAGGCUCAACUUCUCCCUCCGCAGUGACGCCACCGUGCGUGGCAACUGGAAACUCACCCCCAUCAAUGACACCCAUACCAACCUGUCCCUGAACAUCCCAUACUUGUCUCCUGAGGUCUACACGGUCCCCUUCACCAUCUCUGACAGCAGCUCUCCUCCCAGGAGCACCUUCAUCAACCUGCCAGUGACGGUGUGCCCAUGCAAUGUGAGAGGAAACUGCAGGACCGCCGCUAAGCAGCUGCAAGGCAUGCCAACCGUCCAGUCCACCGUCGGCAUCCUACUGGGAACCCUGGGGGUCAUAGGAAUCAUUCUAAUCGUUGUGUUUGUGAGGCUGUCCUACCAGAACCCCAAACCGCCGAGCAAAACCAACCAGGAGAGAGAACCCCUGAGGAUCUCACUGUGAGGGUACUGCCUGCAUAUGUCUCCGACUUUGCCCAUAUGGACAGGGCCAUGAUAGUAGAGCAAUGAUAUAGUGAGAAUGGUUUAUUCAGUACUGUGCAUAGUAUUUACCUAGUGGGUAGUUCUUAUAUUGCGGUGGUA